AUGCAGCCCUCCGAACUCCGAACCCAAUUCUCCUACGUCGAGACGAAAAACCUGCUGAACCUGUCGCUGACCUCUGAUGUUUACUAUUACGGCGCGGUGUAUUCGUUUCCGGGUCCGCAGGGAGUCGAGCAGUACAACUGGAAGAUGAUUUUGGGCACGGUGGUCGUUCUGGGGAUACUGUCGAUGCUCUACAGUACAACGUGCAUUAUUGGAAUCAAAUUGUAUUUCUACGUCAAGCAGUCACUCACCAGCAACGCGGCGCGAAAACGUCAGUUACAGUUGUUGAUGCUGUUACUGGCGCAGGCAAUUUCACCAUGCAUUUUCGAAUUCAUCCCCGCUUUUGUGGUACUGGUUGGCGGGCCGACCGGAUUUGUCGUGCUACUUGGUGGUCUAUUCGGUCUACCUCAUAACUGGGGCUUGUGCGCCACGGUUUAUAUGGCCGGCUACUCGACCAGUGAUGCCGUGUUGGCGUUGAUGUUGUUUAAGGCCUAUCGCCGCCGCACCAUCGAAAUCCUGCUGCGCGGAAGAUGUCGCGGACGUGUGCACCAAUUCGCCACCAGCACAACCAUUGAAAAUACCACCGACGUCCCACCCAGCGGGAACAGGAUUCAAGGCUUU